CAAAUGUCGAUGUCAUUACGACUUGGAUCUUGAUCAUAAAUAUGUUUUAAACAGAUGACACAAUCGCACAAUAAAUAAUUGAUACAUUUAAGGAAAAACUUAUUUAGUGUGAACACACUGUGUUUAUGAUUCGUAAGUUCUAGGACAAUGAAUACGUAUUUUGCUCUCUUUGUUAUUCUGGUUGUGCCAAUGUGUUGUUCAGGCACGGACUGGGUAAAGGUAGAACAAGGCAUCGCAAAGCAACAAGGCCAAGCGGAUUGUGUGGACUGGAAUGGAGUUACCCGACCGGCCGAUUCCACGUGGAUGUCUGGUUGUAUUGAAUAUACUUGUUAUUCUGAUGGUUCCUACGCAGCCACUAAUUUAGCUUGCGAAAGACACACAGAUAGUGUAUGUAUCGACGUAGGAAUAUAUUAUUACGCCGGUUGUACGGAGUACCAGUGUCAAUAUGUAGACGGCUACCUUGGAAAUGCCGUCACCAGAAAACGCUGCGCUAGGAACACUGAUGGACUUUGUGUUGACAUCGGUGCAACUUGGUUUGAUGGUUGUAUCGGUUAUGAAUGCUUCGAAGACACGAGCAGUGGGAGUUGGGGAACAAGAGCAAAUGUUUUAGCAUGUAGUGAUGGUGAAGGGGGAUGCCAGAAUUUGGGCAACACUUGGAAGAACGAUAACUGUGUCACAUAUCAGUGCAUACAGGAUGGCAACUACCUUAUCAGCCAAGUAAUCAACGUUGAGUGCAACACUUGUACCGAAGCCUGUGUUCCCAUGAACUCGACAGGAUUCUGCUUCACCAUUGGCGGAAAUACCUAUCAGAACUGCCUUUGUUAUCCAGAUGGAAAUCUCGUUCGAUAUCAAUGUUCUGGUUACUAUGGUUACCAAAGCAGAAAGGACAUCAAAAUCUUAAUCGAUACCAAUAAAGUAUAAGCAUGUGUAUACGUGCAUAAGCAUUCACUUUGCUUUGGUAAUGUACCGGGUUGUAAACAUUUUUAUUAAAUAAUCUCAACAUAUUAAAUGUUUACUUAAUCAGAGGAACUGUACACAUUUGUUCAGCGACAUCUAUCUACAUAGAUUUAUUUUAAUCAAUCAAAUCUGUAUCAGGCAUAUGCAAUGACAAACAUCAAAAUGGAAUUCAUGAAACAAAAUGUAAAUAAUUGAUUUAUUCAUAUGAUGUUGAAUUAAACAUGUGUACUUAGAAUUAUUUACAAAAUGAAAUUCUACAAACUAAUAUCUGCUAUAACAUUGACCUA